AUGUCGAGUAUUCCAGAAGACAUCUUCCAUGACAUCCUUUUAAGAUUACCUACGAAGUCGUUACUUGUUUGUAAGUGUGUUUGCAAGAAUUGGUUUGAACUCAUCUCCAAUCCUAGUUUUAUUCAUACACACCUUAAUCUUGUUACCCAAAGAAACAACUUUAGUGUAACGAUUAAUCUUUAUGGCAAAACUAGAUUCACAUACGCAGUGCACUCCAUAGGUUACGAAUCAUUAUUAUACUCGAGUGAAAGUGAUCAAGAUGAUGCUGACGACAUGUUGUUUAAAGGUGGUUAUAUUUUUUCAUCCACCCCUAGAACCUUUCUUGACUUGUUGUGUUCUUGUAAUGGUUUGGUUUGUUUAGAUUUUUGGACUAAUGAUAAUCGAGGAAAAAAGAAAGAUAAACGAAGGAUUUGCAUUUGGAACCCAGCCACAAGAGAAUACAAGAAACUGCCCAAAGCACCAACUAAUCGAACUAGUCGAGGUUUCGUUGAUUUUCUUGGAUGUGCUUUGGGUUACGAUUAUAAGAUUAAUGAUUACAAGUUUGUAACUUUAGUAGAAUUGGAUCACCGGACUUAUCAAAUCCUAGUCUACACGUUAGGAUCAAACUUGUGGAAAAAAAUUCAGAAUAUCUCGUGUACGAGAAUUGAGCAACAGUCUGGGGUGUUAUCCAACGGAGCUUUUCAUUGGUUAGGUACCCGAAACGAAGAUCGCUGCUCCAGUUUUGUAAUCUCUUUUAAUAUCAGCAACAACAGAUCCGAUGAGAUACAACUCCCUAAGGAAGCUUUGGAUGAAGGUUGCUGUGUUUCUAUAGGGGUGUUGGAAGAGUGCCUUUGUGCAGUUGUUCAUUAUUUGAUUGACGAGAAACGUGUACGUCGAGGUCAAGUUAUACUAUGGGUAAUGCUAGAGUAUGGAGUUCGUGAAUCUUGGACUAAACGUUAUGUCAUCGACCAUGAGAGGAUUCUGAAGAACUGUUAUAAUUUGAGGCUCAUGUGGUAUUUUAAGAAUGGUGAGAUUCUUUUUGCGCUUUCUUGUGAUGAGAUUAAUCUAGUUAUAUACGACCCGAAGCAUGGAAGUGUUAGAGAACCAAAUCUUCAUGGUUUGCGCAUAACUGAUGGUGCAAGUUACUUUGAAACCUUAGUUUCACUAAAAUCUGGUAUGUACUUCGCGGGAAAUGAACUAAUGGAGUUAUCAAUAGAAGAUGAAGGAGAUGAAGAGGAAUCUGAUCAAUUCAAGAAGAAGAACAAAUUGAGGAAUGCUUCGGUGACUGAGGCUAAGAAGAGAAAGAGGCGAGUAUCUCAUCAGUACUUGUUAUAA